GAACGUUGGCUAGCUGACUGACCUUAUUUUGGUGGCUAGUGUGUGCAUACCCUGUUCAUGGCCUUACCACGACAACGAAUAUGAGGACCGGAGAGGCCUGUGCAUUCAUUGCGUUACAUGUGAAAUAUUUAGUGCAGUCGUAAUCGCGUUUUGCCUUUUUUGUACGCAUAGCCAUUAUGGAUGUGCAGCUAACGGACCAUUGCGGCACUAAGCCAGGGCUAAAGACUAAUAACGUUAAUGCUAAGGUUACUGCUGGCAGAGAGUGCGCUCCCGCCCAAGGCAAUAACAGGACGAAAAAGACGAGAAGAGGAAAACGAGGCAAAAGAAGAAGGGGCAAGAAACCGAAGGAUGAGCCGCCACCUUAUUUACCCCCGGAGGCAGAAGAGGGCAACAUCGAGUACAAGCUGAAGCUGGUGAACCCGACGCAGUACCGCUUCGAGCACCUGGCCACGCAGCUCAAGUGGCGGCUGCAGGAGGGCCGCGGCGAGGCCGUCUACCAGAUCGGCGUGGAGGACAACGGCCUGCUGGUGGGGCUCGGAGACGCCGACAUGAGGGCCUCCCUCUUGACGCUCACGCGCAUGGCCGAGAAGGUUGGUGCAGACAUCACCCUUCUCAGGGAGAGGGAGGUAGACUACGGCAUGGACAGAAGCUGCAGGAAAAUCGCUGAGGUCCUGGUCCGGAAAGUUCCAGAUGAUCAGCAGUUCCUGGACCUGCGCGUGGCGGUGCUGGGGAACGUGGACUCGGGCAAGUCGACGCUGCUGGGCGUGCUGACGCAGGGCGAGCUGGACAACGGGCGCGGCCGCGCGCGCCUCAACCUCUUCAGGCACCUGCACGAGAUCCAGUCCGGACGCACCUCCAGCAUCAGCUUUGAGAUCCUGGGCUUCAACAGCAAGGGAGAGGUGGUGAACUACAGCGACUCUCGCUCCGCUGAGGAGAUCUGCGAGAGCUCCUCCAAGAUGAUCACCUUUAUGGACCUCGCGGGCCACCAUAAGUACCUGAAGACCACCAUCUUUGGCCUGACCAGCUAUUGCCCGGACUUUGCCAUGCUGGUAGUGGGGGCCAACACAGGCAUUGUGGGCACGACUCGUGAGCACCUGGGCCUGGCGAUGGCGCUGAAGGUGCCGAUCUUCGUGGUGGUGAGCAAGGUGGACGUGUGCGGGGCGUGCGGGGGGGGGUCGGGGGGGCGCGGGGGGGCGCUGGAGCGCACGCUGCGGCAGCUGGAGCGCCUCCUCAAGCAGCCCGGCUGCGCCAAGGUGCCCCUGAUGGUGGCCAACGCCGACGACGCCGUCACCGCCGCGCAGCAGUUCACACAGUCACACAGUGUGACCCCGAUCUUCACGUUGUCGAGCGUGACGGGGGAGAAUCUGGAGCUGCUGAAGGUGUUCUUGAACGUGCUGCCGCCACUCAGCAACAGCAAGGAGCAGGAGGAACUGAUGCAGCAGCUCACAGAGUUCCAGGUAGAUGAGAUCUAUUCCGUCCCAGAGGUAGGAACAGUAGUAGGGGGAACCCUCUACAGCGGUGUGUGUGGGGAGGGGGAGCGUCUGGUGGUGGGCCCGACGGAUGACGGGCGGUUCCUGCGUCUGCGGGUGCUGAGCAUGCAGAGGAACCGCUCCAGCUGCAGGGUGCUGCGCGCAGGACAGGCCGCCACCCUCGCCCUCGGAAACUUCCCCCGCACCCUGCUCCGCAAGGGUAUGGUCAUGGUUAGUCCAAAGAUGAACCCCACCAUCUGUUGGCGUUUCGAAGCUGCCGUCGUACUGCUGUUUCAUGCAAAGACAUUCCGUCGGGGUUUCCAGGUGACCGUUCACGUCGGCAACGUCCGGCAAACGGCUACUGUUGAGUGCCUCCAUGGAAAGGAGGAGCUGCGCACAGGGGAGAGUGCGGUGGUGUGUUUCCGGUUCCUGCAGCACCCGGAGUACCUGCGUCUGGGCGCCAAGCUGCUGUUCAGAGAGGGCGUCACCAAGGGCAUCGGCCACGUGGCCCAGAUCCUGCCCGACCUCAACACGCCCGACCAGAACCACGCGCACAACAACAACAACAACAUCAUCAUCGCGUAAACACACAACAACAACAAUAACAACAUCGCAUAAACACAACAACAACAACAUCAUCGCAUAAACACACAACAAUAACAACAUUGCAUAAACACAACAACAACAACAACAUCAUCGCAUAAACACACAACAACAACAAUAACAACAUUGCAUAAACACAACAACAACAUCGCGUAAACACACAACAACAACAAUAACAACAUUGCAUAAAUAUACAACACAAACACCCCCCCCCUCCCCGCUUAAUAUGCACGUGCUGCGGUAACACACUCACACAACAACAACAACAUCAUCGCGUAAACACACAACAGCAACAAUAACACUAUCGCGUAAACACACAACAACAACAAUAACAACAUUGCAUAAAUAUACAACACAAACACCCCCCCCUCCCCGCUUAAAUAUGCACGUGCUGCGGUAACACACUCACACAACAACAACAACAUCAUCGCGUAAACACACAACAGCAACAAUAACACCAUUGCGUAAACAUACAACACAAACCCCUCCCCCGCUUAAAUAUGCACGUGCACAGCUGCGGUAACACACUCACACAACAACAACGACAACAACAUCAUCGCGUAAACACACAACAACAACAAUAACACCAUCGCGUAAACAUACAACACUUGCAAAAAAACUUGCUUAAACACACACACACACACACACACACAGCUGCAGUAACACACUCACACAACAACAACAACAACAUUAAAAUGCCUAAACACACACACGCAUGGUUGCAGUAACACCUGACCAGAACCACACACACAACAAUGUACUUGCAGAAACACACAACAACAAU